CCUCAAUGGAUCUCCCCUCUUCUCCUUCUUCGCCAUCGCAUCUUCCUCGCAAACUAGGCCAGGUUUGUGAUCGGUGCCGCAAGAAGAAGAUAAAAUGUGACGGUGCACUUCCUGCUUGCCGCAAUUGCGCCAAAGCCAGCAAGCCCUGUGAAGCAUCUGCGGCCUUGCAGAGGAACACUAAGGUAAGAGGUUUUGUUACGGAAGACAAGCAUUUCCAAGACUUGCAAAACCAGCUGGCCCAAUGUCAGCAGGCGCUUCAGACAGAGCGUGACACCGUGGCUAUGUUGCGGGAACAGCUAGCACAGCAGCUCAAACCUGCGCCUUCCACCUCAAUUGCUCCCGGCCUCCCAAACGAGCCAUCAUUUGGCACAACUUUACUUUCGUCCUUCAGAAGGCCUGGCGGCAUCUCAGAUGACUCUUCCUAUGUCAUCAAGCACAUGGGACGCAUGGUUCAUGACGAACUAGGCGUGGGCCGCUUCGCCGGUUCUACUACCGGUGUUCACUUUGUGCUAAGCGUCGAAGAAGCCUGCAAGCGGACACUGCCCUUUGCAGAUACAUUCCCUGAAGGAUGUCAUAGCCUUUACCUGGGCCAUUCAGCCAACACUUCGGAACCCGACUCCGGUGAUUCCCUACAUGGAGACAUUAUCAAGUGCCUCAACCAACCUGUCAGCUUCUACCUGGAACAGAUUGACGUCUUCUGUCGCUACUGGGAAGCAUUCUGUCCCUUAUUGGCGCGAACCCAGCUGGCCAAAGAUAUCGAAAAGCUGGUGAAAACAGUGCAAGACCAUGGUCCGAGCUCGGGUACCAACAAGACUGCACUCUGUAUUCUACUUUCCAUUAUGAGCAUCAACUGCCUAACUCAUGGGAGCAAUAACCACAGUUCAGACACAGAAUCUUCAGAGCGGCAGUAUAUCAUAGUUGCAGAUCGUAUAAAAGGCCAUCUGAUAGCGCGCGCGGAUAUUGAAUCUUUGCAAGCACUCACUAUAUUCGCCUUCUACCACCAAAUAUCUGGAAGAGCUUUGUCUCUCAUCCAGCUGAAUGGACAUAUGGUUCGGAUUGCCCAGUCACUUGGUUUACAUCGUCACGCUAGGCGUUUUAGAUUAACAGUGUCUGAAACCGAAUUGCGAAAACGACUCUGGUGGUGGGUAUACAUAUUUGACCGAAUCACGUCUAUCGUCCAUGGUCUCCCUCUUCUUAUUAACGACAUCGACGUCGACAAUGACAUGCCCACUGACUGCCGGCUUCACGAUCUCAACGAUACUGAGCUACUGCACCCUCUCCCCGGACAAACGACGCCUGUAUUCUAUUUCAACCAUUAUGUGACCAUGGGCAAGAAGCUAUCUUCUAUCCUCCACAAUCUAUAUACUACCACCCAGCGUCGUCAAGGGGGCGUUAAGAUUGAGCGGCUUGAUCGGGAUAUGAGGGUAUGGAGCCAAAAUCUGGACGCCAUCGAGGAUUCUGGAAUGAACUUAAUGGUCCUUUGGUUGCGCUUACUGAUUCAUCUGGCCAUGAUCCUAAUCCACCGUCCAGGUCUCACCUUUACGGAGAAUACUACUCCCGAAUUUGGAACAUGCCUGAAUUCCUGCGUGAGAUCAAGCACGGAAAUCCUGCUCUUGCUCGGUGGGACAGGAUCAGAUACAACACUCUACUUUCAUUCACUGAGCCCCAUUGGACCUGGCCUAGUGUUCCAAUGUGCUUUGAUGCACGUAUACUGCCAAUGCAAGCUCAAAACCCUAAACAACCUUCGAGCCAGCGAUUUCCCUUCUCUACAGGAGAGUAUAGGUGCUAUCUACAAUGCCGUCGAACUUCUGGAAGGAUAUAGCCAACGGGCACUAUUGUAUCCUGGGAAUUUCCAGCAUAAUUCGAUAGAUGCAACGAUUAAAAUACUGAAGGAUGUGACCCUCGCUCUACAACAAUCCGACCAUGGCCUUGAGCUGCCGGCGGAGGAGACUUGGCUUCCCGAAGCACCUUCCUUAUCCUUCGGGGGCAACUCGCUCUAUGAUCUUAAUUAUAUGACGGCCAUGGACUGGGCCCAGGAUAUUUCAGAUACGUUUGGUGAUUUGCCCGGCUUCCCAGCUUGAAGUAUACUGAAUGGAAUCAUUUGUCUAAUUUCUUUUGCGGCGAUACCCAAUAUAUCGAUUCUCUGCAGCGAUUCGACCAAGGUCCUGAGCUGUUUAUUAUCCUUGAAAGCAACUCGCUCCACGACUGCAAUUAAAUAGAAUUUGCAGGAAGUAUCCUCUUGAGUAUAAAUUUACCUACUAGUUCACAUUAAUAGUCAAUAUCAUACCCAAAGAUAUAACCGCAACAAUAAGC